AUGGACCUGACUGCGGAUUUCAAGUCCUUUCAGGACCUGGUCCAAGCCUCUCUCAUCAACGUAACAAGGAGCGCGACCCAAGUGUCCAACCAAGAUCUCGGUUUCCAUCGCUCCUCUAGCGACAAGCUGUCUCGCGCCCUUGAUCGUCAAGAUGCUCAUCUUCUGCGCCUGACAAACAAACUCCUCAAGGCUGCCACUCAGGACACGCCACUCAAACAACCUACAUUGAAAGAUCAGGACAGCAUCGAGGAUAACUGGCAUGGCGUUGUUGACGUUGUGGAUGGUCUACUUGAAAAAGCUGACUCUGCACUUGAUGAGUUCUCGGGCAUCAUCAAACCACAGGACACUACCCCCCAGGAUGCCGACCCCUCUCCCAGACCUACAAAGACCGGCUUGGGUUUUCAGAGAUGGGCUGCAGGCAACAUGCAAAAACCUCAAGCCUUCUUUGACAGACAGGUGAACAACUCUGACCCGAGCCCCUUCAGGCCAUUGCUUCAGACGAAGCCUCAUGCUCUCGUUCCGCUGGAAGACAGCAUAGGAAGUGAGGAUACAGGGUAUGGUCCUCACUAUCUUUCCGGCGCAUUUACUCAUUCCACGUUCAGAUACAACCACCCGUACGCACGAGAAAUCGAGAUCUACCGGUACCCCCCUUCCGUCUACAAAUUCAAGCCCCCGAUAGCUUUUGGGCCAAUAGAUGAAAGCGAGCACGUCUUCGUGGAUACGGAAGAAGGCGUCCUAGAGAUGCUCGAAGAGCUCAAAUCGGCUGAAGAGAUCGCAAUCGAUCUAGAACACAAUGACUUACGCUCUUACGUCGGGAUGGUCUGUCUCAUGCAGAUCAGCACACGCAAAAAGGAUUGGAUUAUUGACACACUGAAACCAUGGCGUGAGAACUUGCAGAUCCUCAACCAGGUGUUCGCAAACCCGAAAAUUCUCAAAGUGCUGCAUGGUUCAAAUAUGGACGUCAUCUGGCUGCAACGCGACUUGGGCCUAUACAUCGUCGGUCUCUUCGACACCUAUCAUGCAGCUUGUGCUCUGCAGUUCCAAGGGAAAGGUUUAAAGCACCUUCUUCUCCGGUUCGCAAAUGUCCAUGCUCAAAAACAGUACCAGCUUGCGGACUGGCGGGUGCGCCCUCUCCCCAAGGACUUGAUCGACUAUGCGCGCUCCGACACACACUAUCUGCUGACCAUUUAUGAUCACAUGCGAAAUAUGCUUGUCAAUGGAUCGUCACGCAAUGUCAAUCUUACAGACUAUGUCCUAUCGCAGUCGAAAAAAGAAGCCCUUCAAGUCUAUACUCGUCAAAUGUAUGACCUCGAAACAGGCGGCGGCCCGCUUGGUUGGUUCGGAAUGCUCACGCAGAGAUUCGUCAGUCUGAGCAAAGAGCAGCUCGGGGUCUUUCGUGCUCUCCACGCAUGGCGAGACCGCAAAGCACGCGAACUGGACGAAGGUGUUCAAUUCAUCCUGCCCAAUAGGACCUUGUGGCUGGUGGCUGAAAACAUGCCGACCUCGGUGUUCAAUUUCCACCAGAGCUGCAGAGGGGAGUCAAAGCUUGUCUCGGACCGUAUCCCUGAGAUUAUCGAGAUUGUCAAGCAAGGCAAGACUGAGGGCAAGAACGGCAAAUCGCACGAAGAGGUGGUCCGGCAUUGUGAGAAAGUUCUUGGAUUGACAGCCCGCCGACCACGAGAGAAAAAGCAGCAACCUCAGAGCACAUUUUCUAGUUUAGGCACUACCUUGAAACAUCUAGCGGCCACCUCAACUUCAGCGCCACAGGAGCAAGGUGAUUCAGUGGCCACCGCGGAAAGGGCGUCUGCGUCGAUGUUCUGGGGCGGUGUAAUGCCUCAAUAUCAUCAGCUCCCUACAGACAUUGCCGCCGCAACUAUCGCGCUCUCCUCAAUCGCCCCGCUUCGACUGCUUGCCACUAUCGAAGAAGCCAACAUGGGAGACAGGACUUUCAGCCAGCCCAUAUUCGAAUCAACCCAAGCCGAAAAACUGGCAAAUACACUUCCAUACCUCCCUCCAACACCAAAAGACAGAUUCCGCUCCAAAGCCGAUGAAAUUUUCACGCUCAACGAGUUGUCACGUUCAAAGGGGAAGAAGAGGAAGACAGACGAAGUCAACGAGGAUAUUCCUACCCCUGAUGGUGUGAACGGCACCACAACAGGGAAGACAACAGCUAGAGACACUAUUGUGGUUCCAGCGUCCACCGUUUCGCCUCAGCCUUCCCUUGCUGUCGAUGCCGACAACAACCCGGAAUUCGAUGCAAAACGUCAAGCGAAAAAACAGAAAAAGGCUGAGAAGAAGGCUCGGAAAGAGGCCGAAAAAGCUGCAGCUGUGGCUGAAUCACAAGCUGCGCAGCCGUUUGAUUAUGCCAGUGCGCCAUCAUUGCUGGCUCCUGGUCCACAAGGACAGCAGGCACCGCAAAAGAAGAUCUUGAACCCUUUUGCAAAAGCAUUGGAUACGAGCACUGGGGCGAGACGAGGGAAGAUGGGCAAAGAGCUGCAAGGGAAAAGUAUGACUUUCACUUCUUGA